AUGGCAGAUAUCGAAUCUCAAACCAACAACACACCCUUUUUAGGCAAAUCAAAUCGUCCACUCACAUUAAUGUUUAAGGACGUGAGUUACAAGAUCAAACCCAAGAACUCAAAAUCCCAAGAGCUGAAAACGAUUUUAACAGGAAUAAAUGGAGUGGUUCGUCCAGGUGAGAUGUUAGCUAUGAUGGGUCCAUCAGGCUCAGGCAAGACUACGCUCUUGACAGCUCUAGGAGGCCGGUUGGGUGGCCGUCGCGGUCGACUAACCGGAACCAUUACCUACAACGACAAACCCUUUUCGAACAAAAUGAAACGAAGCAUGGGGUUUGUUACACAAGAUGACAUUCUUCUUCCCCAUUUGACAGUAAUGGAAACGCUUGUUUUCACUGCUCUUCUACGGCUGCCUAAUGAGUUGACGGCGCAAGAGAAAGUGGGUCAAGCCGAGGCGGUUAUUUCACAGCUAGGGCUUAGUAAGUGUAAGAAUAGUGUUGUGGGGAGUCAGAUGGUGAGAGGGGUUUCUGGGGGAGAGAGGAAAAGGGUUAGUAUUGCUCAAGAAAUGCUUAUAAACCCUAGUUUGUUGUUUCUUGAUGAACCAACUUCGGGUCUUGACUCGACGACGGCGCAGAGGAUUGUUUCCACUCUUUGGGAGGUUGCUAAUAAUGGUGGGAGGACUGUGGUGAUGACUAUUCAUCAGCCUUCUAGUAGACUUUUUUACAUGUUUCAUAAGAUUUUGUUGCUUUCUGAAGGCAAUACCAUGUACUUUGGGAAGGGAUCAGAAGCUAUGGAGUAUUUCUCUACUCUUGGUUAUUCCCCUUCUGUGCCUAUGAACCCUUCUGAUUUCUUGUUGGAUCUUGCUAAUGGUUUAUCAAUGAGUGAUCCAGAAGAGGAGGCAGCCAUAGUUAAAGAGAAACUUGUUUCAUCUUACAAGAACAAUAAUAUAGCUGAAAAGUUGCUGUUAGAGGUACAAGAGAGUGAUGAAAAUUUGGUUGAAGAAAAUGGAGCAGACGACAAGAGCUUUGGACGUUGGUCAACAACUUGGUGCCAACAAUUCUCUGUGCUGUUGAGAAGAGGAAUUAAGGAAAGAAAACAUGAUUCUUUUUCUGGACUUAAGAUUGGCCAAGUUUUGGCUGUUGCUUUAAUGAGUGGACUCUUAUGGUGGCAAUCUAAUGAUUCACAUUUACAAGACAAGAUUGGACUGUUCUACUUCUCCUCAAGCUUCUGGGGUUUCUUCCCUCUAUUACAAGCCAUCGGCACCUUCCCAAAAGAGAGAAUGAUUCUUGAAAAGGAAAGAGCCUCAGGAAUGUACAGGCUCUCAUCAUACUUCAUCUCGAGAACCACAAGCGACCUCCCGAUGGAGCUCGUCCUACCCACCAUCUUCAUCGUCAUAAUCUACGCAAUGGCAGGGUUAAAACGCACGGCGGCAAACUUCUUCGCCACUCUAUUUUCUCAACUCCUAAGUGUUUUGGUAGCUCAAGGGUUUGGCCUGGCCAUUGGGGCCCUUGUUUUGGACCAAUCUUCAGCCACCACACUUGGAUCAGUCAUUAUGCUUUGUUUCCUUCUAACAUCAGGCUAUUUUGUUCAGCAUGUGCCAAAGUUUAUUGCUUGGACCAAGUACAUUUCUAUUGGUACUUAUACUUACAAGCUUUUGUUGAUAUCUCAAUAUAAAGCUACUGAUACUUAUCCAUGUCCUGGCAAUAAUGGAGGAAAGCUAUGUGAUGUUGGAGAGUUCCCUGCAAUUAAACUAGUAGGUCUUGAUGGGAAACUCACUGCUGUUUUGGCUUUGCUUUCUAUGCUUGUUGGAUAUCGUCUUGUUGCUUAUAUUGCUUUGAUGAGGAUUGGUGUCACCAUGAGGAGUUAA